GCUUCCUUGUCGCAUACUCUCAUAACAGCUCCUGCACCGUUCUUGCCAGUUCCUUCCCAGCACAGCGCCCCAGGCCUGAAGCAAGGCAGUGUCGCCGUCUCCUCCCGCUCCACGCCCGGCCGGCCCGUGCUGUCUACACUUCUGCUAAUUAAGACGGAAAAUGUCCUCGCAGCUCUCCGCCACUCUCGGGAAGCUCCCCCGAGACUAGGAGGGGUGGUGAUUGGGAUCCUGAGUUUUCUAGAACUGGGAGGGGUGAGACAAGCUGGAGGUUUGAGGCCGGAAUCUUGGUUGCAAGGUGGAGCCCUGGGGUGCCUUGGGGGCCAUGUCCUGCCAGGGUGUGAGGCUAUAAAACCCGGGGGUGUCUGCUGUGUGCCGCUGGCUGCUGCGAGCUCACAGCAAAGUGGGUCUUCGGUCUAGCUCUUUAACUCGGUGGGGUGGGGUGGGGUCUCAGCACAGCACGGAUGCUCCUGAGAAGUGGCUGGCUUCCCUCUGUCCCCUGCCCUUAGCUCUUGGGAUCUCUGGCCUGCGACUGUGCACGUCUGGGCGGGGCUACUCCCAAUCGCCGUGCUUCUGAGCCCCCUCUUCUGCUAGCUGAGGCCCGACCUUCGAGCCUGCCUCUCUGGGUGCGCUGAAAAGCCUGCCGUGCGUCCCGGGGACCGGUCCCUGAGUCUAGGCUCCAGUGCCGGGAGCGUCGGGGACCGGUGGGCGCAGCCUCACGUCGGAGUCCUGCGAACUUCCCCUCCUGGCUCCGUGGGGUGGGUCCCGGCUCUGUGCACGGCCUCCCCGGGGCCUCCCAGUCUCUCUUUCCUUUCAUUGGCUUCGGGGGGCCGCGCAUGGAGACCUCGGGUGUCAGCCGGGCCCCGAACCACCUGUGGGGACAGCCACGGCGCCCCAUCCGCAUCCAGCGGCGCUUCCACUCGGACCCGGAGCCCAGCGAGCGGCCCGCGCUCGUCAAGUCCCGGCGCUCAUGGCCCAGCUCCUUCUACCGCCGGGCGCGCGAGGGCGGAGCCGCAGGGGCGGUGCGGGGGCGAGGCCGCAGGGGCGGGGGCGGAGCCGCAGGGGCGGGGCGGGGCCACAGGGGCGGGGGCGCGGACGCCGGGAGCAGCCCCUGGCGGGCGGGCGCCACCGACGGCACCCCGCACCCAGGCGGCUUGGUGACCCGCGAGCAGUCGCCGCCAGGGUGCGAAGGGGGGCGCCCCGCCUGGUACCGAAGAGUGAGCCUGAGGACCGGCGGCGGGUCUGGGAUCCCGCGGCGGCUCGGUGCCUCAGUUUACCCGUCCGGCCACGCGCCGUUCCCACAGCCAGAACCCGCACCUCUCCCCGCUGUUCGCACAUGGAACCGCCGCCUGACCCCGCCAACCCCGGCUAAGUUUAGAGCAGAAAAACCAGCUUCCCGGCCCCAAGGAGUCGCCAGCCUUCAACCCCCACGCCCGAGGCCUGGAUUCGAACCCAGCACCCUGUGGUUGCCCCUGCUUCAGCUUUUCCAGUCGUCCCAAGGGGACGGGGCCGGGGGCCGCCACCCGCGGGCACUGGGACGGGAACCUGACGGAAAAGGACGAACGCAGCCGCGCUCACCCGAGGAUGCACGAACCGUCCGAAGCCGUCCAGGCGUCGUCGGAAACAGUCGAAUGCAGCCGAGCUCAUCUGGGUCAUCUGGCCAGGACCCGGACGGGACCUUUCGGUCCCCGCGGACGAUCCCGUGGCCGCACGUCGGGCCCGCCGGCCGCGGACCUGUGACUCGCGGGCCCCAGCCCCGCCCGGGUCAACCCCUCGGUCUUCGGAAACGACGCCUCCGUUGUGUUCCCGCCCCCAGCUUUGACCUGGAAAACGGGUUUGCGGACGGCAGGGGCCCUCUGGACCCUCAGUGUGGCCGGGUCCUCCAGCCCCCGGGGCAGCACGGCCUGCGGCGUGAGUCCUUCCUGUACCGCUCCGACAGCGACCAUGAGCCUUCCCCCAGGGCCGUGUCCCGGAACCCCUCCGUGGCCAGAGACCUGCAUGGAGAAGACAUGAUUGUCACGCCCUUUGCCCAGGUCCUGGCCACUCUCAGGACCGUUCGCAGCAACGUGGCCGCCCUUGCCCUCGUCCCGGGCAGGCAGCUCCUGGAGAGCCCGCCCUGUGGCAGCCCGCCCGCCGGCCCCACGGUAAGCACCCUCUCCCACCCUGACAACCAGAGAGCACAGAGGGCCCGUCGGGGCCACGCGGCCACGCGCAGGAGGCCGGGAACUGUGGCCCUGGGCCCCGGGGGGUUGAGGUGCGGAGAUGGGAACCGCACAGGCUCCCCACUGGGGGUCCCGCCCUCACCCGCCUGGCCUGCAGAGGACGCCGGGCGACAGCUGGCACGGGAGAAGCUGGAGGAGCUGGACUGGUGCCUGCAGUAGCUGGAGACGCUGCAGACGCGCCGCUCUGUGGGCGAGAUGGCGUCCAACAAGUUCAAGCGUAUGCUCAGCCGUGAGUUGACCCAUCUGUCGGAAACCGGCCGCUCAGGGAACCAGGUGUCGGAGUACAUCUCGAAGACCUUCCUGUGUGAGCCGCCUGGGCAACCUCCAUUAUGUGGAGGAGAGGAGGUCUUACCCAGCAGCACUGGAGGAAAAGGGAAUUGGUGGGCCUGGGGUGCAGCCAGAACCACCACCCGAGCGGGAGGCUCUCCAGUGGUGGGCCGGAGUGUGAGCCACCGCCCCCUGCGGACCGGCCGGGGGAGGAGGAGCUUCCCAGACUGCCCACUAGACGCAAGGCUGGUGACCCAGAUCAGUGCGCUGCGCGGUCCUGGCCCCAGCAGCCUCCCCACAGCUGUGGUCCCCCGCUUCGGGGUCCAGACAGACCAGGAGGGGCAGCUGGCUAAGGAACUUGAAGACACCAACAAAUGGGGACUUGAUGUGUUCAAAGUAGCCGAGCUGAGCGGAAACCAGCCUCUCACGGUCGUCAUGUUCCGCGUCCUCCAGGAGCGGGACCUGCUCAAGACAUUCCGGAUUCCGGCAGACACGCUGCUGACGUACCUGAUGACGCUGGAGGGUCACUACCACGCCGACGUGGCAUACCACAACAGUGUGCAUGCUGCGGACGUGGUGCAGUCCGCCCACGUGCUGCUGGGCACCCCUGCCCUGGAGGCCGUGUUCACAGACCUGGAAGUCUUGGCGACUGUCUUUGCAUGUGCUAUCCACGACGUGGACCACCCGGGGGUCUCCAACCAGUUUCUCAUCAACACCAACUCAGAGCUGGCCCUGAUGUACAAUGACUUGUCGGUGUUGGAGAACCAUCACCUCGCGGUGGGCUUCAAGCUCCUGCAGGCAGAAAACUGCGACGUCUUCCGGAACCUCAGCACCAAGCAGCGACUGAGUCUGCGCAGGAUGGUUAUAGACAUGGUGCUGGCCACAGACAUGUGCAAACACAUGAGUCUCCUGGCCGAUCUCAAGACCAUGGUAGAGACAAAGAAGGUGACCAGCCUCGGGGUCCUUCUCCUAGACAACUACUCCGACCGCAUCCAGGUCCUCCAGAGUCUGGUGCACUGUGCGGACCUCAGCAACCCCACCAAGCCGCUUCUGCUCUACCGCCAGUGGACCGACCCCAUCAUGGCCGAGUUCUUCCAGCAGGGCGACAGGGAACGAGAGAGUGGCCUGGACAUCAGCCCUAUGUGUGACAGGCACACUGCCUCGGUGGAGAAAUCCCAGGUGGGAUUCAUUGACUACAUUGCCCACCCACUGUGGGAAACUUGGGCUGAUCUGGUGCACCCUGAUGCUCAGGAGCUGUUGGACACCUUGGAAGACAACAGAGAAUGGUAUCAGAGACGGAUACCCUGCAGCCCCGCCCACGCCAUGGGCCCUGACCGGUUCCAGUUUGAGCUAACCCUGGAGGAGGCAGAGGAGGAGGAUGCUGAAAGCUCAACGCUGGACAUCCUGUCCUCAGAGUCGCCUGGCACUUAGCUCCUGUCCUCCAGGACUGGCCCAGAGCGCAGGCUCUGCCCAUCCAACAACAAGACUUUGGGCCAGCCUGUGAUGGACCAUGAAGGCAGGGUGGGGUCCUUUGGGCACCUGUAGGCUCUGGUGACUCCUGAGGUGACUCCUGGUGGUCCGCUCGCUCUGACCACGGGCGGGCUGGGCUGGAGCGGUGCUGCCGUCUGUCUCCGCUUCAGUCUGCACUCACUAGGGCGUGUGCUCGCUGCUCUUUCAUUUGUCUGUUUGGCUUCUUUUUGAUGCUGAAGAUGGAAUUCCCGCAUGCUCUGUGAGCAGAGUGCCCAGCCCAACUGUCUUCGUCAGAACUAGGGAGGAUGCCUUUUGUAAAUAGACCACUCCCCAGUGAAGUCUAGGGUCUCCUGACACCAGAGGCUGUGCAAGACCUGGAGAUUCGGAGUACCAGACAGUUCUGCAGUGAAAGCCUUCAUGGAUAAGACCAACUUUCAAGCCAGUGUGUAGGGCCUCAGCAUACUCGGCUGUGGCUCCGAGCAUACGAGCUGCUCCACAAAAGGCUGGGGGCAUGGCUUAGGGGUGGAGCUCCUGCCUAGAAUCCCCCAGUGAGGGCCUGGGGGCAUGGCUCUAAAUUAGUAGAGCUAUAGCUGCAAAAUUAGAACAGAUCUAGCUAGGUCCGUUUACUUUUAGGGAAACUGAGGCACAGCCAUCCUCAUGCCUACUCAAAGCUUCCAUGCAGAAAGUGGGCCCUGGUUUAUGGCGACCUUUGGGUACCUUAUGGCUGGUUCCCUGUUUAUUGUUAUUUUCUGGCUUUUUGAGACAAGGUUCUGAAGUUCACCUCACUGUGGCAGAGAAAGGCCCUGAAGUGUUUUUCUUGCCUCCCUUCCCAAACGCUCGACUCUUGACAAGCAUUCAUCACAGCGCUGCCCCCCCCCCAGGCCUGUAACUCAGCACCUGACCAGGCCCUCCAAGGAGCCAAAGAACCAGGGUGGUAGGCAAUUUCCUCUGUAAAUAUUAUGGUUCCAACUAUUCAUCCUGGGGAGACAUAAGAAGCCAUCCGGAAUCACGGAAUGUUCCCUUCUUCCUUCCAAAUGCUUUAGAGAUGACCCUUAGAGAUUUCCUGUUAAACAAAGUAAUAUGUGCUCAUUGCCGGAAAAUCUGGAAGUCAUACAAAUGUGUAAAGAAAAUAAACUAUUGGGCCAGCAA